AUGGCGGGUCAUACAGCAGGGGAACCGCUGGAAUGCUACAGUAUUCCAAUUGUUUUGGAAAAAGAACAAGAUAUAGAUCAACAAGGCAAUCCUAUAAGAGAUCCUGAUGGAAAACCCCGCUAUCGAUGUGGAUUCAGAAUUGGUGGUGGUAUUGACCAAGACCCAUCUCAGAGUCCCCAGGGUUAUCCAGAUAAGGGUGUUUAUGUAACGUAUAUCCAUGACAACAGCCCGGCUUCCAGGUGUGGUCUACAGCUCCAUGAUAAAAUACUCCAGGUGAAUGGGAAAGACUUUACACUAGUGACACACAAGCAGGCUGUUGAGAGCAUACGGAAGAAACCUGUACUGAGGAUGCUGGUGUAUAGAAAAGGUGUACCUCCACUACAGAAACAGGGCAAUCCGAUGGUGGGUCACACCCAGUUUCAAGCUUACCCACACCAUGCUCCCUCACAGCAACACUACGCCCCGCAGCAUCACCAAUACCAACCACAGUACUGA